AUGACCUCCGACCAGUCCUUCGACAUGAUACCAGUAUUGACAUAUUUGGGAGUAGAAAAGGAUGGAAGCUAUUCCCCAUCCCCUUCCGAUGAAACAAUUGACUUUCUGAUCAAGCAUAUACAUAAUCUUCCUCCUCAUCUCUUACUGAAGUUUUCAUCUAUUACUUCCCCCAAGCAACGCACAGUCAUUCAUGUCAUCCGGAAUCGGCGCCUGAAAUAUAUUGAUACCCAACCCGCUGAACUGUCUUUCACUGCAGCCAGACACACAUGGCCCAGUGUAUGGCCGGGGAGAGAGCGCCGAGGUGUUACGGAAGGACACGACGAAGAACGGUGGGCUCAGACUGACUUCAUGCAAGGUUCCACGAAACAUGUGAAGAAGCUGGGCUCCCUUUUGCGUGAUUAUGAGGAAGAACGAGAGGCGGAGCGGGUGAGGAACAUCAGGCGCACGCAGUUAGCAGCUGAAGAGAGUCAAUUUAUACCUGAAGAGGACGAAGACAGUGCUGAAGAUGAACCUGUCGAAUCUGGUGAUGUGGAGGAAGCAACCGAAGCAGAUAACAGAGCAGAAUUUGAGCGUCGUAUACGAGAACGAUUCAUCUAUGGGCUAUUGGAUAAUAUUGACUAUGAUAGAGUGGACUGGGAUGAGUCACUAGACACAGACAAUGAUAGAGACACAGAGGAACGGUGGUUCGACGACGAAGAUGAAGACUAA